AGCAUAGCUGGGGCAGCUGACCCAAACUAGCCAAAGGGCUGUCUUUGUGAAAGCUGCAAGAUACUGUAGAUGCUGUGGCUUCUUUUGAAGAUUUUCUAUUUUGUACAUACAUUGUUUUGUAUAUACGGUAUAUGAUGACUUCAGUGGGCAGUGAACGUACCCGGGGCACUCGGGACAAAACGCAAAUUUCAACCACACAGCCAACACAACCGCAGAAACAAGUAGUACAGGCAACAGCAGAACAGAUUCGCCUUGCUCAGAUGAUCUACGAUAAGAAUGAUGCAGAUUUUGAAGAUAAAGUGAAACAACUUAUGGAAGUGACGGGGAAAAACCAGGAUGAGUGCAUAGUGGCACUACAUGAUUGUAAUGGGGACGUGAACAGAGCAAUCAACAUACUGCUGGAAGGAAGUUCAGACACGACUUCUUGGGAGACUGUAGGGGGAAAGAAGAAAAGCCUUGGAAAGGAAAGUUCAGAAAACAAAGAGAACAGAGAAAAACGAGGGGACAGAGAAGUGAGUCGCGGACGGGGAAGUUCCAACAGACGGGGAAGAGGAGGCAGCCGUGGCCGAGAGUUUAGAGCUGAAGAGAAUGGAGUGGACAACAAUCAAGGAGACAGGCCUUCAGACCGUGGGAAACGUGGCCGUGGGAGAGGGUUUGGACGUGGCAGAGGGAGAGGAGCAGGGAGGUUUUCAGCCCAAGGCAUGGGGACAUUUAACCCUGCAGACUAUACGGAGUCUUCUGCCACUGAUGGCUUUGGGACAAAAUCAGAGAUUUGGGAGACUGGUCAGAAUGAUGCAGAUGAUGGAACUGGAGCGUGGAAAAACUCAAUAGAAGAAUGGACAGCAGAAGACUGGAAUGAAGAUCUUUCUGAAACAAAAGUCUUCACUGCUUCCUCUGUUCCAGCUGAGAAUCAUGUGACUCCUGGGCAAAGCAUUGAUUUGGUAACACUGCUUCAAAAGCCUGUGACUUCUACCCAAGAGACAGAAGGCAACUCAUUUGAGGCUCCCCAGCAGCAGACCUUUGGCCAAGCCCUAGUCUUCACAAAUUCUCAGCACAGCACCCAGAUGGCAUCAGGAACUGGCAGCUCCAGUGCUGUAAACUCUUAUUCUCCUCAAAGUCUGUCUGCAGUUCUUUGUUCUGGCUUUGGAGAACUUGGAUCCUCUAAAUUGGCAAACUCUACUGGAUCCCAAAUCUUGGACCAAUUGAAAUCUCCAAGUUUGGGUCAGUUUACUUCUCAACAAAACAAUAGUAGCUCUACCACCACUGCCACAACUACCACAUCAUCCUGGGAUCUACAACCACCCAUUACUCAGUCCUCAGUCCUUAAUCAGUUUGACUUUAAAUCCCAGCCUGAACCAUCCCCAGUUCUGAGCCAGCUGACCCAGCGACAGCAACAACAAACGCAGGCAGUCCCUGUUCCUCCUCCUGGGCUGGAGUCCUUCUCCUCCCAGGUAAAACUCCAUGAGCCAUCGCCAGUAGACACCUCUACAGCUGUUAGCAAAGUGUUACAGCUCCCUACUAUAUCUGUGGAUAACCAGGCAGUGACUGCUCAUCAAACUCAGCAGAAACAGAUAAAACCACCAAAACGGAGGAUAACUCCAGCAUCCAAGAUUCCUGCCUCUGCAGUGGAGAUGCCUGGAUCAGCAGAUGUGACAGGGUUAAAUGUUCAGUUUGGAGCUCUGGAGUUUGGUUCAGAGCCUGCACUCCCAGAGUUCGAAUCAACUUCAAGCAGUGAGAAUACCAGCCAGGCGACCAACAACAGCUUGUACUCAAAAUCUGUAAAUGAUCCUUUGAAUACCUCUUUGCCAAUAUCCAAUACAGUACAGGAGUCCACCUACACAACCUCUGCCAUCACCUCUUCCAGUCUGACCUGCUCAUCCCAGAGCACUAGCCCAGUAACAACAACUUCCUCCUAUGACCAGACUUCUGUGCAUAGUAGGAUAGCGUACCAAAGCUCCAUGGCUCCAUCUGAAUCAACCCCUGUUGCAGUUACGAAUGGGCACAGUGGUGUUAGAACACAGGCAACUCUUGACACUACUUCAUCAGUUCCAGCGCCUAAGACAGAGCCUUCUCCUUCGCUACCUUCUGCUGGUUCUCUGCCUAGCACGGUAUCCACCACUGCUUCGCUUCUGCCUUCAGCAUCACAGCACACAGCAACGUUGCCCAGCUUGCCUCAGUCCAGUGAUUUGGCCAGCAGCUCACUUUCCCAGUUAAGCAGCUCCCUUUCCAAUCAUCAGAGCAGCCUCUCCCCUGCCUCAGUGUUGUCUUCAAGCACAUCACAUGCACACACUAGUGUUGAGAACACAACUUUGCUCCAGCCCUCAACAACCUUUUCAACUGUUUCAACCUCAGCCGCUAGCACCACCUCUUCGGUUGUCAGCAUGGCAAGCAGUAUGAACACUACAAACAGCCUUGGCCUGAGCGUUACCAGUGUGUCUAUACCAGCUGCUACCACACGGGCAGCUCCCUUAGUGUCUUCAGGCAAAGCUCCCCCAAACCUGCCCCAAGGUGUACCACCCUUGUUGCAUAACCAGUAUAUUGUGGGACCUGGAGGACUUCUGCCUGCCUACCCAAUUUAUGGUUAUGAUGAUCUCCAGAUGCUUCAAUCCAGGCUGCCAAUGGAUUACUAUGGAAUUACAUUCCCUGCUCCUGCAACCUUGACAGGCAGAGAUGGGAGCCUUGCUAACAACCCAUACUCAGGUGACGUAACAAAAUUUGGCCGUGGGGAUUCUGCCUCCCCUGCUCCUGCUACCACGCUUGCCCAGCCACAGCAGAACCAGACGCAGACUCACCAUACAGCUCAGCAGCCCUUCCUCAACCCGACCCUGCCCCCGGGGUACAGCUACACUGGGUUACCUUAUUACGCUGGUGUGCCCGGCGUACCCAGUGCAUUCCAGUAUGGGCCAACCAUGUUUGUACCUCCAGCAUCUGCUAAACAGCAUGGAGUCAACCUGAACACCGCGUCGACUCCUUUCCAGCAAGCGAGUGGCUAUGGGCAGCACGGCUAUGGAGCAGGCUAUGAUGACUUAACGCAGGGAACGGCAGCUGGAGAUUACAGCAAAGGAGGCUACAGUGGGUCAUCUCAAGCACAAAGCAAAUCUGCUGGCACUGGACCUGGGAAAGGUGUUUCUGUGACCUCAAGUAACACAGGUGUGCCUGAUAUCAGUGGCUCAGUCUAUAACAAGACUCAGACGUUUGACAAGCAGGGAUUCCAUGCUGGCACACCGCCUCCUUUCAGCCUGCCCUCUGCUCUUGGAUCAACUGGGCCCCUGAACCCUGGUGCUACCCCGGGUUAUGCUCCAGCCCCGUUUCUCCAUAUCCUGCCUGCGCAUCAGCAGCCUCAUUCCCAGAUGCUGCAUCACCAUCUUCAGCAAGAUGGGCAGGGUGGAUCUGGCCAACGCAACCAACCCAGCACCAUGCAGCAAAAGUCUCAGGCUACCAAAACCGCCUAUGGCACUUCUCCAUACUGGACAAACUAAAUCUGAAACCGGGGAGGGAGGAGAGAAUGAAAGGAGAG